AUGACGGUGGCAAUUACAGAAUGUCACAAUGGAGGUGUGACUAACGACCAACCUGCACAAGGCGAAACACCAAGACGCCCCGUUCCCAGUGCAUCAGCUUGUCAUGAUAACGACCAAAAUGGCUUAUGUAAUGCUUUAUUCCCUAAUGAUAACAUUGCUAACAAUUUGAAUCCGGGUUUGCCUUAUAAGGUUCACCAGAACUGCUUCGCGGUUACACAUUCAUCUAUUGCUACUAAAUUUUGUGCAUCAACUUGCGCUUUGUGCUGCAAAACUCCCCAAUUCAGCAGUUGUCCGGAUACUGCAAGUAAUUGCACAAUUUUUGCGCAAAAUUUGGCACUUUGCACCAGUCAACAACUUUCUGCCUUUGCACUUGAACGAUGUGCAAAAACUUGUGGCUUAUGUGAUAAGCCUGGAACUACUACUAUGGCUGCAUCAAACUGCAGAGAUGAAAGAGUCGAUUGCGCUCGACAUCGACAGUUCUGCCAUGUGCACCCAUUUUCAUCGUAUUAUAGUAUUUUCUGUCGUAAAACGUGUGAAUUCUGCUGA